UUAACACGUGUAAAUUUUACAGCGCAUUUGUUUCUCUUCUGUUUAUGUGUAUUUUAAAAAAAAAUUACCUUGCAAACAGGUAAAAACUUCCCACAAUUCAAUAUUUUGACACGUCGCCAUAUUUGUUUUGAUGCAUACAGGAGGUAACGUGUCACCGCGGUCCUAGGUGAAAUUAAUCGCAUCAGAUGCAAGGAACAAUGACACGAAAUACAGGUGCCAUUAAAACAGUUUUCAUAGCUUUAAUUGUGCUGGGAUGGCUGUACACGAUGUACAAAUACCAUGAAACCUCGGAAAAGCUUCAAACUUCAAGGCAAGUUGGAGAGAGGAUACGCAAAGAACAAGAGAAGUUGUCAAGCAAGCUGCAAGAUACACUCACCGAGGCAGAAGACCAUCGCCAGAAUUGUGAUAGGGAAAAGAAAGAGUAUGACAGAAGACUUCAGUCUCAACAACAACAGCAUAAAAUGUUACAGGCCCAGCAUCAAGAUCUUGAGGCAGAAUUGACAAAAAUUCAAAGGGAGAAGGAGAAAGAAGCGGAAGAUCGACAGUCUGCAGAUUUACAGCGAACGCAGGAAUAUGAGCGGCUUAAGCAGGAAAAAGAAUUAGAGAUCUCUAAUCUGAAAGAUGAAGUUGCCAAUGUGAAAAGAGAGAAAGGAAAUCUUGAAGAGCAGAUACAAAGGUUGAAUAGCCAACUACAGAGUUCGCAGCAACAAUUUCAAGCUCAGCUUCAGGAGUCACAACAAAGAGUGAUUCAGUUACAGCAAGCUGUCCAGCAGAACCAACUAGUUCACCAGCAACAAAUGGCCAACCUACAGCAAAAUGUAGCCAAUCAGGGAGUUGCUCAGCAAAAUGUAGCCAAUCAGGGAGUUGCUCAGCAAAAUUUAGUCAAUCAUGCAAUGGGUCAGCCAAUUAAUUCAGCUAAUCAGGGAGUUGGAGGAAACCAUGUAAUACAGAACCAGAAUUUUAAUCAGAUUGGUCAGAACCUCCCCCCAAAUAACCAACACAGAGAUGUAGCAUUGAAGUUUUUAGACCAGCAGAGUUUGGGCAAUCAACAGCAGCCAAUAAAUGCCAACCAACAGCAGGCAGGAGGCAAUGUUGAUACAAUGAAUGCUGCGGAGAAAGAGAAACUGAUGGAGCACCACCAGCAGCAACAUCAGAUGGCCCCGCCCAAAAUGGACGACAAGGAGAGGGACCCAGAACAGGAGAGAGAGAAAAAGGAAGAGAAGAAAGAGGACCCUGAUGCAGUGCCUAAGAUCCCGAAUAUGGAUCAUCCACAGAUCCUAGAACCUGUGCUUCACAAUCCGGAUGAGGAGGAUAAGGUUCCAAGGAGUGAUGACCGGAACAUUGGCAAAAUGGACAACCACCCACAGGAGUCACAGGGGCAACAUGAAGAUGCAGGACUUGCUCAAGCUGCUGAAGACGGAGUAGACGACAACGCUGAGGACAAGGACGAAAAAGAUCAGGACUACAAUGAUGAUGAUGAUAAUGUUUAUGAUGGGAAAGGGCCACAACUCUAAGUUUACUAAUGAGAACCUCCAACCACUUAAACCACCCAAACUCCACAAGGAGAAAAAACACAGGAGAAAACAGAGAAAACACUAAUUGUCUGUGAUAUCUAAACCAUUCCAGUCUAGCAGACAAGGCCAGGCACCAAGGUCCAUCUGUCAAUCAUCUGCUGUCUGUCAACUUCUGUCAGUUCUCUGGGUCUGCGAGCAAUCGUAGCAAAACCGUGGACUCUGUACUUGAGUAGUUGUUUACAAACGUGAUGCAAAAUAAAGUUUUACAUGUGUAACCUGUAUUAUACCUGCUUACAUGUGUGUGUCUGUGUUUGUCUGUCUGUGUGUGUGUAAAUCAUUGAAGUAUGUACAUUCAUGAAAGAGACAUUGUUCAUGUAUUUGUAUGCAGAAAUAGAAAAAAAAUCAACAAGAGUAAAAAUAUACAAUGCUAUUGAAUUGAAUUUUCAUCUGGGUUUAUUAAGAAUCCUUAAAGAAUUUCCAAUACUUUCAGUGCGAUCAAUGCUUUGUUUGGAAAACCUGGUGCAUUGCUUGUUAAAAAAGCGUUUGAUUGAAGUUCUUGUAAAAAUGGGUUUUAAUUGUGGUUUUUUUUUUUUAAAGUGAGAAAUUUUUUAUUGUCAUUUUUUAUUUGUUAUUGUUUUACUCAUUGUUGUAUGAUCCUAAAAUUACUUGAAAAAUACUUUUAUUAUGAAAAUAGUGAAGAUGGAUUUUGAAAUUGCUUUUCGAAUUUUCUUUGUAUUCAGGAUUUUGUCCAAAAUUGAUUUUAACACUCAGCAAUCUCUUUUAUCUGAAUCAUCAAGUUCUAAUUUUUUGUUGUACAGAACAUGCAUUCAGUAUUUAAUCAUAUUGAACAACCUGUGACGUGUUAAGCUUUGAAAGUAUUAUUGGACAGUGUCGUUUAAUUAUCUGCCACAUUUCAAAAUGUAUUAUAAACCUCCUAAAAUUCAUGAUUCGACCUGGGGGUGCUUACAAAAUAAUAUUCUCUGAAUCUGCCCUGAUGUGAUUAUUUGAUAUCUUGUGUCCUGUACAACCUUUUAAUGUGUUCCUUGACUGUGCCUCUUACAUAUGGUAUAUGACUGUGUAAGUGAAAGCAAAGUCCAAGAUCAUUUCUUUUCUGUAGUUGUCUUAUAUCAUUUUUUUUCUUUUUUUCUUAAGUUUCAGUAUUAUAAAAGCUCAAUAUAUGCAGACCUAAUAACCCAGAAAUAAUAUAUUGUUAAUUUAUCUACCAUUUUAAUCAUAUUAGUUAUCUUUAUUCUAUGUAACGGAAAAGACUCAAAAGUUCUGGGGCAAAUUGGUUUUCUUGAGACAUUUGAUGCUUAGGAAAUUGUGCAUCUAUCAAUGAAAACUAAGUUAAACAUAGACAGUGUCUGAAAUACCUAAAAUACAUGUAUCAGGUAAUUGAUAAAAUUCUGUGGAUGUUAAUAUACAGGUAGAUGUAAGUAAAAACCUGACUGAUCCUACAAGUUGCACAUCACAAACUGUUGAUUUAACUAAAGGAGCUAACAAGACUAAUGAUAUAAAGCAGAGCUAUUUUGUAGUCUACCGGUAUUGUGGGAGAAACAUGUUACAAAAUUAAGGUGUCACAUUCCUCCUCAAGAAGUUGGUUACUUUAGGAGAAAAGAAAAGUGGAGAGGCACAGUUAUAACAUUCUAUACUCUUAAUAUAUUAAGUACCGGUAAAUACCGGUAGAUAAGAACAAGUCAUUAGAAAAUCAUAGAUUCCAAGAUUGACAAGAACAAAUCUUGUCUCAAUACAUGUAUAGUACUUCUUAAUGAUAUUUAUUGCUGCUUGUAAGUAUUACAAGAAAUCAUUUGAAACUAAGAAAAAUUGACUUGCUUUUAGAUUUCUUGAGUCAUUUGUGGUACUUACCAGGUUUGUAAUCAGUUGUCACUAGUUUUCUGUUGUCCAUUAGCUUUGAAAUUUGUAGCUUUACUUAAUUCUACAGUAUGUUUCGUUGAAUGAAGUUGUUUUUCCAAAUAUGAAAACAUGUUUUGAAGGUGGAGAAAUGUAGGAUGUUCAAUGAAUCUCUUUCUUAAGACAAACCAUUUGUACCAAAGUUAAGGUUUGCUUUAACCUAAAUUGUCAAAUUCAUAAUCCAUGGUUUAUAAGGCAGGCAAUUUAGUUCUGCAUUUAGUGUUGUAUCGGACAUUAUAUCCCCAUGGUCAUUCCCAAACCUGAGUCAUAUACCGGGUAAUUAAUUUUAUCAAUGCAAUCAAAUUAUUACCAUAAAUUAUCAUACUAUCAAUCUAAGCUAAAUGGGAUGUAAGUAUAUUAAUUUGUAUAUCAAUAAGAUCUGUUGGAAUAGAUGAUGGUUAAGAACAUGCAUGUACGUGUACAUGUAUUUGAAUAUGUUGUGAAGGGAAAUCGGCCCUCGAUCUGCUCCAAUUUCUUUUAAAGAAUUCCUGUUUAUUCAAGCAUGUACUUAGAUUUAGUUUUAUUAAGAGGGAUAUCAUUGGAUCUCGGAUAUGUUCAAGAUGACCAAUGAUGUUUGUACAUUGUUUUUUUUGUACAUGAAUCAUGUAUUAGCAAUCUGUUUUUCAGUGUAUCCACAUUAGCUCCUCCUUACCUUAACUUUAACCUCCAACCUAGAGUUGUUAGUGAAAUUAUAUAUUUAUUUUAUAACUAUUUUAUAUAUUUUUAAUGAGUUUAUCAUCUUUGAUUUACAUGUAGAUACAUGCAUAUUAGUUUAUUUGAAAAAUACAUGAAUAUUCUGUAGCUAGGAAAAUAUUUGGGAUAUACCGGUAUUACUUAUCUAUUGAUUUUUUUGUAUUAAAAGUUGAUUUAUGAAUGCAUGAGAUAAUUAUCUACAUGUACACAGUAUGUAAUGUAUUUUGUUAAAUGAAGAUCCCAAAAUUGGGCGAGAUGUCAUUGUUAAAUACUGUAAUACAUUGAGCAUAGGGCACAGAAGCUUUUGGAGCUGAUAACAACUGUUUAGUUUAUUUCUUCUUGUUUAGUUUAUUUGCUUUACUUGUUAGCAGAGAUAAACUCUUAUUGAUAUUAGCGAGUAUUGAAUUUGUGAUACAAAUAUACAGUUAACAAACGAUCUUUCUUCGUAUCAUAUUCUCAUUGAUUUGGAAAUUUUACGCUGUACCCAUACUUUGCAUUAUAAGAGACUAGCAAUGGAUCCAGAGUCCUUGCCAGGAAACUGUAUCAAUCAAGAACAGUUCCGAAUUUACGUUGGAAAAGAAUCUUUCACGAGUAUGAUAGAUUGGGAAUCUCACAAUGUUACAGAAUGUGUCCAACAUGGGGAGUGUCCCUGUUGUUUUGUGCUAGUCUGAUGCCAGAAUGUUCUUUUUAUUCAUUUUUAUUUUCAUAUAGUUGAAAAUCAAACAGUACAUUGUCCUGUGUGGGUUGAUAUGUAGCUGUUAAGUUAUAAUAAAGUGCCAUUUGUUAAAUAA